AUGUCAACCACCAACAGUGAAUUGUCUGCUUUAACUCAGCAACAAGAAUUGGAUUCAAAGCUAGGAACCACAACGCGUAUUCCACGUUUAACUAAUGCUAAUGACUUUCCCGAGUGGAAAUGGCGAUUUGAACAGCAUCUGAAAGUUAAAGACUACAAGCUAUGGCGCAGCAUAUUGAGAGGACCAAGAGAGAUCAUGAUGGAAAGCCCUACUGAACCUGAAGUCAAAGUAAAGAAGCCUCGUGAUCAAUACACGGAAGAUGAUCUGCUUAUUGUUGAAGAAGAUGAUAGAGCUCUUUCUUAUCUGACCAUGGGUUUGGGUCCAAACAUUGCUAUGGGAUUUCGCACUUGUAAAUCUGCCAAGGAACUUUGGGACUCUCUGGUGGAAGUGUAUGAAGGUAAUGAGGACAUGAAAGAAAGCAGAAGGAACUUGCUGCAACAGAAUUUCAACAACUUCAACCAUAUUUAUGGUGAAACAGUGGAUAAUCAGAUCCAAAGGUUUGUCAAGCUGGUGACUCAAAUGCAAAUGGAAGAAAUUCACACCACAAAUGCUUCGACAAAUAGGCAACUUCUCAAUGCAUUACCCAAGAGCUGGGAUCAUCAUGUUGCUAUGAUAAAGAAAACAAAAGAUCUUGCAAGAUGCACCCUGUCUGAGAUGAUCUCGCAUAUUAAAGCUUGUGAAUUGGAUGACAAGCAGAGAGAGACUAACUACAAGAACAGUAUGCUGGCUGCCGGUUUUUCUAUAGCCCCCACUGCAUCCAGUGACAGCAAUACAGCUCUUCUGUCUCAAGGAGGAUUCCAAAUGUUUCGCAAUACUAAACCUGCUCCCACUUCAGCAAAUGUCUACAACUCAGGGUCUUCCACUCAAGCUUCCCCUGCAAGUGCUGGAAAGACUUCUGCUGCACCUUCUGUUUCUGUUGCUAGCAAUGAAAUGGUUGCUUUCUUCUCUAGGCAGUCAAAGGAAAAUCUUGAAAUUGCAGCAUCUGUCAUAAAUUGCAUGAACGCCUUUGCUUCGGGAAAUCUUGACCCUCCUAAGUUUUCCAUGGAUGAUUUGGAUCAAAUUCAUCCAGAGGAUGUGGAAGAAAUGGAUAUCACGUGGCAGAUGGCUAUGGCGGCUUUUAGAGCUAAAAACUUUGUGAGGAAGACAGGGAAAAACAAAUGGCAAAAUCUUAAGUUCACAGGACCCGUAAAGAUGCCGUUUGAAUAUCGUUGUUAUAAUUGUCAUGAACAGGGUCAUUUGGCUAGAAACUGUACGAAACCCAAGGUGAAUGAUGAACAAACUCCAGCUCAGCCUGCUGCUCCUGUUACACCAAAUCGAGAAAGAGCCCUUGUGACUACAACUGGUGUGCCUGCUGAUAGUGUCAACAGUGGAAGCCCACAAGUGGGAUUGGCCCAAGCUUUGGUGGUUCAGCCUGAUUCGCCUUUUGACUGGAGUUCAGAGAUCGAAAGAUUAAACAUUUCAGCUCCUGAGAAUCAAGCCACCCCAAGCAAUAUCGCUUUCAUGGCCAGCAAUGCUUCUGUGAGUGACGAUGUGAAGGCUGCACAGGAGGAGGAGUCGUCAGCUGAAAACUUCGCCUUCAUGACUCAAAUUCUGUCAGCUCCGGUUAAGGGUCUCACCAAAGAAGAGAUAAAGUACCUGAAGUGAUAUGGGGAGAUGUGUUUGGAAGUGAACAAGUUUUAGAAUCUGAUUCUUCUAAAACUUCUUUUGAUGAUACUAAUUCUGGUUGUGUGUUUGGACAAGCGUUUUUGAACUCUUUUCAUAGUUAUGUUUCGUCUUCUUUUGGGCCUGAUGUUUUGGGCAAAACAGUGAAUGCUUGUGAUGAACCUUUUAAAACUGCGUGUGAUGAUGAUUGUUUUGAAA